GUAAUAAGAAACUUUACUACAGCUACAAAUUCCUAGACGUGUAUUCUGUUGUAGGCAGCGUGUGGAAAACACUAGCAUCAUCAGCAGUCAAAUGUCCGACUGUUAACAACAACGUUCAGCACAACCUAUCCAGUUCUUGCAGACACCCGUCGACGCCAAUAUUGGACUGCCACCAUGCUAUCCAUGUUGAACCCGUUCCAGCUGAUGGAAGAAAUCCGCAUGAGAGGAGACCCAAGAACGAGAGAUUUUCCUGUCGCUGGAAAUCCGUUCUUCGUCUUCACCCUCACCCUUACCUACCUGUACUUCGUCUACGUAGCAGGACCUAGGUGGAUGAAAUACCGAAAACCGUUCGAAAUCAUCAACCUCGUUCGAGUCUACAACUUAACCAUGGUAUAUCUUAACGCACGUUUCUUCUGGCUGUUCGUCAGUCACUGUUACCUGCCGGGAGGUAAAUACAACCUGUUUUGCCAAGGAAUCUCGAAGACCGUCGAUCCUGCUGACUAUGAACUGUAUUGGCAAGGGAGUUGGUACGUGUUAGUGAGAUACGCCGACUACCUCGACACAGUGUUCUUCAUCAUGAGGAAGAAAUUCAACCAGGUGACGAGACUUCACGUCAUCCACCACACAACUGUCACCUGUUCUGCGUGGUUUUAUUUCUUAUUUGCUCCAGAAGGUCAGCCAGCUCUUGGACUUUGCAUGAAUGCGUUUGUCCACGUGGUUAUGUACACCUACUACUUCCUGUCGACCUUUGGCCCCGAAGUGAAGAAAUACCUCUGGUGGAAGAUAUACCUCACGAGGCUGCAGAUACUCCAGUUUGUCAUCUUUAUCGGUCACAUGAGUAUUCCGCUGUUUGUGGACUGCGGUUUUCCAAAGAGCUUGUGUCUCGUACCCAUCGCGAAUACUGUCGUUAUCCUAAUGCUCUUCAUCGACUAUUAUUACCGGGCUUACAUCAACCUGAUGAAGAGAAUGUACUUUAAGAAAUGAAUCCGUUUGUUAGGUAUUGUGCACUUUUGUGCACUGUCGGUGUGUGAUGCUGCGGUUGUUGUCGCUGUAGCGUAUAUAUCUUUGCUGUUGCGAUUGCGCUGCCGUUGAUGCUGCGCACGUGUUAUCGCUUGGUAUAUAAUUGUAGCCCUGCGACUACGUUUUGGUGGGUGCAUGUGUUACGAUACGUUUCUGCUCUUUCUCUUAUUUAAUAUCUUAAUACCAAUUCAAUACAUCCAUAUUUUUAAUUUACUUAUCAACUUAUCUCCCACAUCAUCAGAAUAACCAAGAACUUCGUCACUGAACUCAUAUGCUGUGUGUGUUUUGCUCAGGGUAUCAAUAGGGUUUACGACAGUUAUCUCCUGUUGUCCAGACGUAGUUUUUCUCCUGACUUACGGUGUUUAACGCUACCCAAAUAGCCGGGUGUUCAGCACUCUCUGGGGUAUCAACUUUGCCAUGUUUUCCUUGUCCCUAUAUUGUGAUCAUCUGGGUAUCAACUGAGAUUACAUUAAAUGUGUAUACCGACAUGUAUAUUGCAGUAGAUAAUGUCAGCUACAUCCAAUACGGGAGUGAGUGAGUGAAUGAAUGUGAAUGAGUGAGUGAAUGAAGUGAGCGUUGACAAAUGGAGCGUUGAGCGCACGUAGCACACAAGUGCGCACAGUUAUCGGAGGCAAUGUUUUUCCUGGUGCUAUUCGCUGAGCACCACACUGUGUACACACCGUCUCACAGAAGCGAUUGAGAUAUAAUAAUACAAUUGUAACAAAGACAUCGAUCAGCAUCGACGAUCACCCAGAACUGGUGUUGCACGGACGACGGGUCUAUGCUGAGGUCUUAAACUCAUUUGAAUUUCAAUCAAGUCGCCGAAAUCACUUUAUCUUUUUUUUACGCUUUAGCUUUUUUUACCUUACCUUUACGCUUACCUUUACGCCACUCAGCUUUAACUCCUGAUUUCGGUCGUAUAAUGCGGUCUUCUGUUCCUUGACAAGCAUGUGUGCUGAUGAGGUGGACUGCGAGGAGGAUAGGCAGAGCCCCGCACGGCGGCAGAAGCAACGGUGACAUGCAGCAUGUUUUACACACUGCUGUCGUGACGCUUAUUCGGCAUAGGUCUCACUCUCAGCAGUGAACUUAGAAAUGUCUUCGCAAGCACCGUGUAAGGUUGAGGAUGUUGAUGUUGACGAAAAAAUGUGGAUACGGGUACACAGACAGGCAGGCGUGUACGGGUUAUUUUAAGUCCGCGAUAUUGAGAUAUGUGUAGAUGUGACUAUGGAGUACACCUUCUUUUUAUGGGAGUAGAUUUUCAGGUAAGGUGUCUCAGGCUACUUGUGCGGCGAUACGCUGCACGUGGAGCAGCGUAGGGCUGCGGAUAAUUUCAACCACCAGGGGUCCUUAUGACGUGCGCCAAAAACCGUGAACUUUGCUUACUACAUUCAUAUAUUAUGUCGACGAAUGUAUGCAUGUCUGCUGAUGGAGUAUUAAAGUUUUGCUCAAUGUUGAGCACGUUACAGAUUAGAAAACAGAUUCUUAAACAUUGUGAGCUAAGAAUG